GGGCAGUGUUAGAGACGCACCCAAGGAGCCGGCAGUCUGUGUCCCGCACCCAUCACUGCCCGCGCCAUGAGCCGGAGGAGUCUCUCGCUCCGCUUCUCGCUGCUCCUGCUCCUGCUGCCGCCGUCCCCGGUCCUGCUCGCGGACCCCGGGGCGCCCACGCCGGUGGACCCCUGUUGUUACUAUCCAUGCCAGCACCAGGGCGUCUGUGUGCGCUUCGGCCUUGACAGCUACCAGUGUGACUGCACCCGCACGGGCUAUUCCGGCCCCAACUGCACCGUCCCUGAGCUGUGGACCUGGCUCCGGAAUUCUCUGAGGCCCAGCCCCUCUUUCUUCCACUUCAUCCUCACUCACGGGCGCUUGUUCUGGGAGUUUGUCAAUGCCACCUUCAUCCGAGACCUGCUCAUGCGUCUGGUACUCACAGUGCGUUCCAAACUUAUCCCCAGCCCCCCCACCUACAACGUAGCACAUGACUACAUCAGCUGGGAAUCCUUCUCCAACGUGAGCUAUUAUACCCGCAUUCUGCCUUCUGUGCCUGAAGGCUGCCCCACACCCAUGGGGACCAAAGGGAAGAAGCAGUUGCCAGAUGCCCAGCUGCUGGGCCGUCGCUUCCUGCUCAGGAGGAAGUUCAUACCUGACCCCCAAGGCACGAACCUCAUGUUUGCCUUCUUUGCACAACACUUCACCCACCAGUUCUUCAAAACGUCUGGCAAGAUGGGUCCUGGCUUCACCAAGGCCUUGGGCCAUGGGGUAGACCUUGGCCACAUAUAUGGAGACAAUCUGGAGCGUCAGUAUCAGCUGCGGCUCUUUAAAGACGGGAAACUCAAGUACCAGGUGCUGGACGGAGAGGUGUACCCGCCCUCGGUAGAAGAGGCGAAUGUGUUGAUGCGUUACCCUCGGGGCGUCCCGCCCCAGAGCCAGAUGGCCGUGGGCCAGGAGGUGUUUGGGCUGCUUCCCGGGCUCAUGCUCUAUGCCACGCUCUGGCUGCGCGAGCACAAUCGUGUGUGUGACCUGCUGAAGGCUGAGCACCCCACGUGGGGCGAUGAGCAGCUCUUCCAGACGACCCGCCUCAUCCUCAUAGGGGAGACCAUCAAGAUCGUGAUCGAGGAGUACGUGCAGCAGUUGAGUGGCUACUUACUGCAGCUGAAGUUUGACCCCGAGAUGCUGUUCAACGUCCAGUUUCAGUACCGCAACCGCAUUGCCCUGGAGUUCAACCAGCUCUACCACUGGCAUCCGCUCAUGCCCGACUCCUUCAAGGUGGGCUCCCGAGAGUACAGCUACGAGCAGUUCUUGUUCAACACUUCCAUGCUGCUGGACUACGGGGUCGAGGCCCUGGUGGACGCCUUCUCUCGCCAGAGCGCUGGCCGGAUUGGCGGGGGCAGGAACAUGGACCACCACGUCCUGCACGUGGCCGUGGAUGUCAUCAAGGAAUCGCGGGAAAUGCGGCUGCAGCCUUUCAAUGAGUACCGCAAGCGGUUUGGCAUGAAGCCCUAUGCCUCUUUCCAGGAGCUCACAGGAGAGAAGGAGAUGGCAGCAGAGUUGGAGGAGCUGUACGGAGACAUCGAUGCCUUGGAGUUCUACCCAGGGCUGCUUCUUGAAAAGUGCCUACCGAACUCCAUCUUUGGGGAGAGUAUGAUAGAGAUUGGGGCUCCCUUUUCCCUCAAAGGUCUCCUAGGGAAUCCCAUCUGUUCCCCAGAGUACUGGAAGCCGAGCACAUUUGGCGGUGAGACGGGCUUUAACAUCGUCAAGACGGCCACGCUGAAGAAGCUGGUCUGCCUCAACACAAAGACCUGCCCCUACGUUUCCUUCCGCGUGCCCGACUCCAGUGGGGACAAUGAACCUGUUGUGGAGCGACCAUCCACGGAGCUCUGAGGGGGCAGGGAAGCAGCAUUCUGGAGGCGAGAGCCUUGUGCUUGUCAUUCCAGAAUGCUGAGGCCAGCACUGACGGUAUUAAAUGUUGAUUUUCUGGUUUAGCAUGGUGAGCGUGGGGGUUGACUUUGGGUUUCACCCAUUGCCUGGAAUAUUGUGAUUUUUGUCAUUCUGAAAUGCUGAAUUCCUUGUUAACCCCACAGAAUGUAAGGAGUGGUUCUCAUUUGGCCUGCCAGAACACUGAGUUCCUAGUUGACAACCCAGAAUGUCAGGUUUCUGGUUGAUUUGGGAUAGAGGCAUUCUAGAAUAUGGAGCUCCUGAUGAAAUCUACGGGGUUCUUACUUUGCAUUUCAGAAUCUUGACUUUCUGACUGGGGAUUCAGAGUGUUGUGUUCCCGGUUGAGGAUCCAGAACAGUGGCUGGUAUGCCAGAUCAGGCUUGAUCCGAAUGUCUAGAAUGUUGAUUUGAUUCAUUUUCCUGUUCAGUGAGAUAUCAUAGAGCAGGAGAGCCUAACGUCCAACAAGAAUGCGUCACCUGAAUCUGUGCGUGCACUGAGGGGCCAGAAGGUGGAGUGUUGUUCUUGGGACCCCCACUCAGACCCUGGUCCAAGGAUGUAGAGAGAACAGGUGGGCUUUUUUCAUGCCAUUGGUGAGAAGCCACCAGAGCCCCGUCACUAUCCAGGUCUUGACUCGUGGCAGCUGUUUCUCAUGAAGCUAAUAAAAUUUUCUUUCCAAAGUUG